ACCAGCUGGGCGAGGAAUGUCGCCUAUCUCAGAGAACUCGGUGGCGAGUAGUGAAUCGAGAGAACUCCCAUCCAGCAAUGCACAUCUUAUCGUCGCUGAUCUGCCAACGGUUAUGACUCGUAAUAAUGAUGAAGAGUUAACUGUACGGAGACAGAUUAUUAUUUUCUGGUAGCGAACCUCGGGAGGCUCGACGGCACGUCCCGAAGAGGAAAUGACGGGCCUUCGCUUUUUCGAACGACAAUCGUACCGCUAGGGAGAACCACCACCGUCACCAGCAUCACGACGCCCGACUGUGAGAGCCCAUAUCGCACAGAAUAAACUAGAUCUUUGCCAAUCUGCUUGAUCCUCAGAUUUGUCUGCUGCGGUUCACGAUGAGGGCGGGCGAGAAGGGCUCUCCGCUUCAUGAGACGAUCAGAAAUACUUGUCCACGUCUCCGCGCCUAGUCGGGCAAAGGACGACGCUAGAUAUCGCACGCUCGCCGAAGCAGCCGCUGCGUUCGAGCCAAUAUCGCGACAAUGUGUGUUUUCUGAACAGGAAAUCAGUUGCAAUAGCCCUGGCGGCGAGGACGGAUCAGCCAGGUCCGCGGGAGCCUCACCUACCAGUCAAGAAGGGGGAAUCAACUCUGGAGAUGAACUGGAAAGCGUCAUUUCAACACAGGAAUCGAUUUCAAUAAACAAGAGCCUAUCUGUAACCAAGUGUCCGGCCCCUGGUUGUGAGGAGCUACCGUCAGGCUUACCCGACAAUGAGGAAUCAUACAGUCACCCUCCAGACCGUCCUUCGGGUCUGCAAGACAGUCGCGAUUCCACUGAUUCGAAGGAAGAUGGCGUCCACGACCAACCAUCUCAACGCUCCUGUGUGUCGGGUUCUAUGGAGACGCCGCUGAGCGUCAUUCCAGAAUCGCAACCUGCUCCACCACCUACGGAGACAGGCGACACCACUUUCGAGCAUCUGCAACUUCCUGACGUGCAUGUUGAGAGGUCUUUCCAAUCGGAUUUUAGUGAUACAAGGAAAAGGCGCCGUUUGAACGCAGAGUCGUCAGCUGAUAGCAGCACAACAGAUAUGCGUGUGCCUUCCUCUCUGCCAGAAGGGAGACAGUUGCAGGACACCAACCAACAGAUCCAGCCAGAGAAGGGAGCGCCUUCAAUGUUAUCCAAUGCUUCAGCCAACGAUUCUGUGACGGCUGGAGCUUCUCCACAGAACAAAACAUCCCAUGAACCUGGCCAAUUGCUGUCUCUAGAUGUUCUUCCCCUUAUGCUUCGUCCACCGCCUCCUCCUGUCUCGACAGAACGAUUCGAGACACAUAUCACGCCGACUCUGCGCAUGCUUGCGGAACGUCUCAAACGUUCGCGCACAUACCAGCCUCUACGACAGACAAGAGAGCCAGAUAAGCUAGAAAGAGGGUUCUGGUUUCUACGCAUCUACAUCGCAGACCAGAACGAAGGAUCCGGAGAAAACCAGAAAGAGGGACAAAAUACUCUCGAUGAGCCAAAUCCUGCAAAAGCGAACCAAUGGAGCAUUUCUUUCUUCACUCGAUUCUGGUCCUUUUUGGCCGACUUCAUCGCCAAAGAAGGCCGUGCCGGCUGGGGUGUCUGGUGUAUAUUAGAAGAAGCCUCUGUCCCAAAGCAAGACUCCAUAGGCAGGCCACUAACUCUAAAAGUCUACACUUGGGGCGAAGUCACUUCCCACGUCUAUCUCCUUCUCUUCCUAGCGAGUGAGCGUCGCAUACGUGGAAUGGGAGCACAAUGGAAGGACGGUGCGGAAAACACCGUUAUUGAGAUGCCGUAACUGCCGUCUCUUGUUGGUGUAUAUAUUAAACCACGUAUAUAUAUAUAUAUAUAUUGCCAAGUAUCCUUUCUUGCUAAUUAGUGUUCAGUCUUAACACGCU